UUCUAUGUUCAACUACGGUUUUCUAUGUUGCACUGACGUAAACUGACAGUCUGCCAAUCUGUCAUUAAAAAUUCCUUCUUGACAGCAUCUUGUGACAACCACGUGUUUGAGAUUUCGGUUUUUCUUGGUUAUCUAGGAGAUAUAAUCAUGGGUAGAGUGCGUACUAAAACAGUUAAAAAAGCAUCAAAGGUCAUAAUUGAAAAAUACUACACAAAGCUAACCUUAGACUUCCACACCAAUAAGCGCAUAUGUGAGGAAGUAGCAUCCAUACCUACCAAACCUCUGAGGAAUAAAAUUGCCGGGUUCGUAACUCAUUUGAUGCGUAGAUUAAAGCAUUCUCAAGUAAGAGGUAUUUCCAUUAAACUCCAAGAAGAGGAACGAGAGAGACGUGAUAAUUUUGUACCACCAAUAUCUGCUCUUGAGAAUGACAUCAUUGAAGUAGAUCCAGAAACGAAAGAGAUGUUGAAGCAGUUGGAUUUCACCAACUUGCCUGGACUUCAGCUCACUCAAGCAAAUACAAAUAAUUAUAACAGAAGGGUAUGAAAAUGUUCAAUAAAACAAAGUAUUC